AUGGCCAGCGUGUCCUACCACAUCUCCAGCCUGCUGGAGAAGAUGACCUCCACCGACAAGGACUUCAGGUUUAUGGCCACCAAUGACCUGAUGAUGGAACUGCAGAAGGAUUCAAUAAAACUAGAUGAAGACAGUGAGAAAAAAGUUGUGAAAAUGCUUUUGAAAUUGCUGGAGGACAAAAAUGGGGAAGUCCAGAACCUUGCUGUCAAGUGCCUGGGCCCACUGGUUGGCAAGGUGAAGGAGUACCAGGUGGAGACCAUCGUGGACACACUGUGCACCAACAUGCUGUCAGACAAGGAGCAGCUCCGGGACAUCUCCAGCAUUGGCCUCAAAACUGUCAUCUCCGAGCUGCCACCAGCUGCCACAGGCUCUACCAUGACAGCCAAUGUGUGCAAAAAGAUCACAGCCCAGCUGACAGGAGCCAUUGGCAAGCAGGAGGAUGUGUCUGUGCAGCUGGAGGCCCUUGACAUCCUGUCAGAUAUGCUGAGCAGGCUGGGGGGAACACUCUACUCCUUCCAUUCCUCCAUCCUGAGCUGCCUCCUGCCCCAGCUGACGAGCCCCAGGCUGGCAGUACGUAAACGGGCCAUCAUUGCCCUGGGGCACCUGGUCCUGACCUGCAGUGGAAACAUCUUCUCGGAGCUCACAGAGCAUCUCCUGGCCGAGCUGAAGAGGAAUGAGUCUACAUCAACCACCAGGACGUACAUUCAGUGUGUGGCUGGCAUCAGCAGGCAGGCUGGGCACCGCAUAGGAGAACACCUGGAGAAGAUAAUUCCUCUGAUCGUUCAGUACUGUAAUGUGGAUGAUGACGAGCUGAGAGAGUACUGCUUCCAGGCCUUUGAGUCCUUUGUGAGAAGGUGCCCAAAGGAAAUAGACCCACACAUCCCCAGUGUGAUGGGGCUGUGUCUGAAGUAUAUCAGCUUUGACCCAAACUACAACUAUGAUAAUGAGGAGGAAGAGGAAGAGAUGAUGGAAACUGAGAAUGGGGAGGAUGAAGAGCAAGAGAGCGACGACGAGUACAGUGAUGACGACGACAUCAGCUGGAAGGUUCGCAGGGCUGCGGCUAAGUGCCUGGAGGCCGUGGUCAGCAGCAGGCAUGACCUCCUGCAGGACUUCUACAGAACUCUCUCCCCAGUCUUGAUAAGCAGGUUCAAAGAGAGGGAGGAGAAUGUCAAAGCUGACAUCUUCAGCGCCUACAUCUCCUUGCUGAAGCAGACACUGCCCACCCAGAGCUGGCUGCAGGUUUCUGAUGCCUCUGGCAAGGAUGACGUUCCCCUGACAAUGCUCCAGAACCAGGUCCCCAACAUUGUCAAGGCCUUGCACAAGCAGCUCAAAGAAAAGAGCAUCAAAUCAAGACAGGGUUGUUUCAGCCUCCUGACAGAACUGGCCAAUGUUCUUCCCGGCUGCCUGGCGGAUCACAUCCCUGCACUCAUCCCUGGUAUUGUUUUCUCCUUGGGGGAUAAGUCCAGUUCCUCCAACAUGCGGAUCGACACGCUGUCCUUCCUCCACGUCCUCCUCUGCAACCACCAGCCGGAGGUAUUUCACCCUCAUAUCAAGAGCCUGUUGCCUCCUGUGGUGACCUGUAUUGGAGACCCCUUUUAUAAGAUCACAUCAGAAGCUCUGCUGGUAACUCAGCAGCUUGUGAAAGUCAUCAGGCCUGUGGACAAACCUUGCACCUUUGAUGCCAAGCCCUAUGUGAAGGACCUUUUCCCUGGCACUCUGAAGAGGCUGAAGGCAGCUGAUAUCGACCAGGAGGUGAAGGAACGUGCUAUCUCCUGCAUGGGACAAAUCAUUCACAACCUGGGAGACCAUUUAAGCACUGAUCUCCAGCCAACCUUGAAGAUAUUUCUGGAGAGGCUCAAAAAUGAAAUCACCAGGCUGACAACAGUCAAGGCAUUGACCUUAAUUGCUAGUUCUCCACUUAAAAUCGAUUUGAGACCCAUUCUAGGGGAAGGUCUCCCCAUUCUAGCCUCCUUCUUGAGAAAGAAUCAACGUGCCUUGAAACUGAGCACUCUGACUGCUCUGGACAUCCUGGUGAAGAACUACAGCGACAGCCUCAAGCCUGCCAUGAUCGAGUCAGUGCUGACAGAGCUCCCUGCCCUGAUCACCGAGAGCGACAUGCACGUGUCCCAGGUGGCCAUCGUGUUCCUCACCACUCUGGCCAAGGUUUACCCCUCCUGCAUCUCCAAGAUCAGCGGCUCAGUCCUCGCUGAAACCUUCCAGCUUGUCCACUCGCCUUUGCUUCAAGGAGGAGCCCUGAACGCCAUCAUCAACUUCUUGCAGGCACUGGUGCUGACAAAAACAGCCCCCAUGGGCUACCCAGAGCUGAUGAAGCAGCUGACUGCCCCUGUUUACUCCUCGGGCCCGGCCGGGGCCGCGCUGACACUGCACAAACAGGCCUACCACUCCGUGGCAAAGUGCGUGGCAGCCCUGUCCUCGGCCUGCCCGAAGGAAGCCCCUGCGACAGUGAACCAGUUUGUGCAGGAUGCAAAGAGCCCCAAGUCCAGCCCGGCCAUUCAGGUGCUGGCUUUCCUCUCCCUGGCAGAGAUGGGUCGCUCCACCAACCUCAGUGCCCAGAGGGAGCUGAAAACUGUCAUCCUGGACGCUUUCGCCUCCAGCAGUGAGGAGGUGAAAUCUGCUGCCUCCUACGCGCUGGGGAACGUCAGCGUGGGGAACCUGGAGGAGUAUGUGCCCUUCAUGCUGAAGGAGAUCGGGAGCCAGCCCAAGAGACAGUACCUGCUGCUGCACUCCCUGAAGGAGGUGAUCAGCUCCUCCCCGGCCGACGGCCUCGCGCCCUACGUGGAGGACAUCUGGGCUCUGCUCUUCAAGCACUGCGAGUGCACCGAGGAAGGGACACGCAACGUGGUGGCAGAGUGUCUGGGGAAAUUGACCCUGGUGAACCCUGCUGAGCUGCUGCCCCGGCUGAGGAAACAGCUCUCAGCAGGCUCCCCACAUGCCCGGAGCACCGUGGUCACUGCCAUCAAGUUCACAAUUGCAGACCAACCUCAGCCCAUCGAUGCUCUCCUGAAAGGCUGCAUAGGUGACUUCUUACAGACCCUGCAGGAUCCAGACCUGAACGUUCGCCGUGUGGCCUUAGCCCUGUUUAAUUCUGCUGCCCACAACAAACCCUCUCUGAUCCGGGAGCUGCUGGGCACGGUGCUGCCCAGCCUGUAUGGUGAGACGCAGCUGCGGCGGGAGCUCGUCCGGGAGGUAGAGAUGGGGCCCUUCAAGCACACUGUGGAUGAUGGCCUGGAUGUGAGGAAAGCUGCCUUCGAGUGCAUGUACACCCUGCUGGAAAGCUGCCUGGACAGGCUGGACAUCUACGAGUACCUGAACCACGUGGAGGAUGGGCUGAAGGAUCACUACGACAUUCGGAUGCUGACGUUCAUCAUGCUGGCACGGCUGUGUGUGCUCUGCCCCAGCGCAGUGCUGCAGCGGCUCGAGCGCCUCAUCGAGCCCCUCAGGGCCACCUGCUCCACCAAGGUGAAGGCUGGGUCGGUGAAGCAGGAGUUUGAGAAGCAGGAUGAGCUGAAGCGCUCGGCCAUGAGGGCAGUGGCUGCUCUGCUGACCAUCCCCGAGGUGGAGAAAAGCCCAGCCAUGGCUGAGUUUUCAUCCCAGAUCAGAUCCAGUCCUGAAAUGGCAUCACUUUUUGAGAGCAUUCAGAAAGAUUCUGCUUCCCUCCCCACUUCAGAGUCCAUGGACAUGAGCUAA